AUGCCCGAGUUCACCAACCACGCUUCCCUCCCUCGCCUCUCCCUCAUCAUGCCUGCGGGACACAGCUCAGCCUCUUUCGGUUCAGUAUCGUCGGCUUCUUCUUCCUCGUCUUCCGCCUGCGACUCCGAUUCCUCGUCAUCCACCUCAUCGACAACCGCCGCCUUUACCAUGGACCCUCCUUCGGCCUCUGUCCAGGUCCUGCGCUGCAUGCGCUGCGCCCGUGCCGUCGAGACCACCACAACCGACGACAUCUCGGCCGCCGGCAUGGUCCGCAUCUCCCACAACCUCUACUACUGCGAGCGCUGCGCCAAGACGGUCGGCUACAAAUAA